AUGGAUGAAAUUUGUAAUAUAUUAAGUGAAUACACAGAACUCGAGAGUAGUAAUAUAAUUGAUUUAUUUAAAGAAUAUAGUAAAAGUAAAAAAGAUCAAACGGAAGUUAAUUCAAAACUUAUAAAAAAAAAAUGUACUAAACUAAUGGCCUUUGAUGCUAACGGUUUAUACGCUUCCGCCAUGUCGGAUUUAGACAGCGAAUAUCCGAGAGCGGAAAGUGGUAGACCGUUUCUACCGAAAGAAAAUAAAGAAUUUGUUAAGCUCUUUAAUGAGCAGAAAUUCAGACCUAGAACGGCUAUUUUAAAAGUCUGGUUUGUAUAUCCUACCAAGAUGUUCUUCCAAAGAAGAGAUCUAAGAAAUAAAUAUAAACGAGAAGGUAAUAUCGUAGGUAGUAAUUGUAUGAAAUUAUUCGGUAAUUUAUUGUAUGGUAAAUCUAUUCAGAAGGAUAUAACUACAUCGAGACAUCUAUGGAGUGAAGCGACUUCAAAACCCAACUUCGAUUCACACGUCAAAAGCUUUCCAAAUGUAAAUGAGACUCAAUAUAUCGUUGAGAUAAAUGAAGAAGAAAAAGAAUUUGACUGUACACCUCACAGUAAAAAAAUAGUGAAUAAUUUUAUUCACGUAAUAGAUGGAUUUUAUAAGCCGGAAAUAUACUAUAUAGAUACUGGGAUAAAUUAA